UCUCUCUUCCCACUAGCUCUCUCUCUCCCUCCCUCUCUCUCUUCUCUCUCUCUCUCUCUUCAUUGCAGGAGAGACUGAGUCCUCUUUUCUCCUCUCCUCACGGUCCUCAUUCAAGACUCUAUCUUUGAAGUGCAUUCAACCAUAAAAGGUUCAAAAAACUGAUUAGAACUGAGUGAUUGUCUCUGUAAAACCAAUGGAUUAUCAUCUGGGUUUGGUUCUGAUAUGCUCUGUUCUUGUUUUGGCUGCUGGGUCUUCAAGAAAUCUCCCAAUCCUAUCAUUUGAUGAAGGGUAUUCACAGCUUUUUGGAGAGGACAAUCUCAUGGUCCUCAGGGAUGGCAAAGCAGUUCACCUCUCUUUAGAUGAAAGAACAGGUUCUGGAUUUGUGUCUCAAGACCUUUACCUUCAUGGAUUCUUCAGUGCUUCUAUCAAACUUCCUGCAGAUUACACAGCUGGUGUUGUUGUUGCAUAUUAUAUGUCAAAUGGAGAUAUGUAUGAAAAGAACCAUGAUGAACUAGACUUUGAAUUUUUGGGGAACAUCAGAGGCAAAGAUUGGAGAAUUCAGACCAAUGUUUAUGGCAAUGGAAGCACAAAUGUUGGCAGAGAAGAGAGAUAUGGUCUAUGGUUUGAUCCUUCUGAAGAUUUCCAUCAAUACAGUAUUCUCUGGACUGAUAAUCAGAUCAUAUUUUAUGUCGACAAUGUUCCAAUAAGAGAGAUCAAAAGGACAGAAGCAAUGGGAGGGGACUUUCCAUCCAAGCCAAUGUCUUUGUAUGCCACAAUAUGGGAUGGUUCCAAUUGGGCUACAAAUGGUGGCAAAUACAAAGUCAAUUACAAAUAUGCCCCUUAUAUCACCGAAUUCUCCGACCUCAUCCUUCACGGCUGCGCAGUCGAUCCAAUCGAGCAGUCAUCAUUAAAAUGUGACCAUGCCCCGAAUUCCAAAUCCAUUCCUGGUAUCACACCUGACCAAAAGACCAAAAUGGAGAAUUUCAGGAAGAAGCAUAUGCAAUAUUCCUAUUGCUAUGAUCAGACUCGAUACACAGUUCCUCCCUCUGAAUGUGUGAUUAAUCCCCAAGAAGCUCAACGGCUCCGGGGUUUCGAUCCGGUUACGUUCGGAGGAGUUCGCCGCCACCAUGGGAAGAGACACCACCGAAGCGGAUCAAGCCGGACCAAGGCAACUGCUAUUUGAGAAAGGCUGUAAUUUCUACAUUUGCAUAGGGGCAUUACCAUUAUCUUGCUUUGGAAGUUUUAUUUCACUUGGUCAUUUUUAUUUUAUUUUUUUGAGCAAUACCACGUACACAAGAUUUGUAUACGGAAAAAAUACCCAAAAUAUUUAAUAUGGGUCCGAGUCAUUUAAGAUAUGGGUCUCAUCAAACGCGACCCUACAUUAUUUGGGUUUAUUUCUGUGUAUGAAUUUUGUGCACGAGGUUUUACUAUUUAUUUAUUUUUCUACUUUGUAUAGAUAAAGAGAGGAGAGUAAAAAGCAUAUUUCAUAUUGAGUCUCAUGAUCAUGAUGGGGGUAUGUAUAUAUUUCAUACCUUUAUAUUCCUCUCAUGGGCUUUUAUAUAAAUUAAAUUUGGUGAUGAUUUUCUGUACUUUGAGCAUACUCAUGGUUUCAUUAAAUAAAUAUAUUAGCAUA